AUGGGAACAAAUGACUCGUGCGUUCGACUCGAUUCUUUCCAGAAACUUGCCCGCCGUUUUGCAGAGAUUCCAAAAAGUUUCGGAAGCCAGUGACGGAGCUGUUCGAGACGAAAUCGUUCGAAAGAAGCCGUCAGGAGAAGGCGGAGACGUUCGUUCCGACCGUCGUUCUGCCCCGGAAAACCGACAAUAUCAGGGUGGAAGACGUGCGGAUGGAGAGUUCGAUGGACAAACAGGGCCGGCUCUCAUUCCACUACUCGGUCACUUGGACCGAAGGAGACGACGGACGCUCCGAGGAAGAGUCGCUGGCGAAGAAACGGAAGAAAUCGGAGCUGAAGAUCCAGGACGGACUGAAAAGAGGAAGUGAGCGACCGCCCUGAAGUCUCUGGGAUAUUGUCGGCUUUCCAGAGAUCGAGUGCGAGGGACCGUGCGGGAAAACGGUCCGAAUGUCGGAAGUCGUUCAGUUCGGAUGCGACCACGUCAUCUGCGACAAGUGCCGUCGCUCCGAAAAAAGCGCCAUUCUUUUUGAUGGUAGCUUUCCUAGUACUCUUCUUUUUCCAAAAGAUUCUCGUUUAGGAUCGCCGGGAUGUUGCAACAAGGAAUGUCUGGAGAAGGCGCGGAUCGACGGAUACCAACUGCGCUCCGGCCGCAAACUCUCCAACAUCUCGGCCACUUCGCUUUGCUCCGUAAGCCUCCAAAGGCCGCUAUGAUCCCUCUGGAACUGUUGAUUUUAGAACGAAGGACCGUGGGAGAUGCUUCGUGUCCACGUGAGCAUCGUCCGAAAGUCCGUGGAUCGUGUCUAUCGCGUCCUUCUCGACUGCGAGUUCCCCUCUCAAACCCGAGUGGCCGAGCUGUCCGGGACCCUCACCUCGUACAAACAGACCAUUGCGAAGGGCCGCUCGUUCUACAGUAUCCGCAAGCCGCAAUCGUGUCGGGACCUCCGUCGCAUCUCCCUCAUGGACACGAACCUCCGCUUCUACCAUCUGCCCGAGUACGUACCUUUUGCCAGCGGAAAACUGUACGUGUUGAUUAUGGGAGAAGGCGUCCAGUUAUACUGA